AUGGUGUUCUUGGAGGCCAAGGUGGAGGACUUCUUGAUGGUGUCCUUGGAGGCCAAGGUGGGGGACUUCUUGAUGGUGUUCUUGGAGGCCAAGGUGGAGGACUUCUUGGUGGUGUCCUUGGAGGUCCAAAUGGAGGACUUCUUGGUGGUGUCCUUGGACGUGAAGGUCUUCUGGGAUCAAACUCACAGCCUCCUGAUUGUCAGGCUGAAGCUCGUGGACAUCACCCUUCCUAAAGUUACCCUGAAGCUUUUCCCCGUUGGUCUUGGCUUGAACAUUUACACCAAAAUAGCCCUCAAGGGCAACACGAUUCUGGGAGGGCCGUUGACUCUCCUUGUGGAAGUGAACAUCACAGCCAACAGCCGGCUGGUCCUGGACAAGAUGGGAAAUCCCAAGCUUCUCCUUGAGAAUUGCAGGACCAACCUUGGUGACAUUCGGAUCUUGUCAGGGCUCCUUCCAUUGUCCUUGGACAAUGUUCUGAGUGCUCUUUUGAAUCAGCUCAUUCCUGGCUUGCUGUGUCCAGUUGCUGAUGUUGUCCUGAACCUUCUCAACACGAUUCUUGCCACAGUCAACAGUGUGUGUCCGUUUGGCCUUCUUGGAAAUCUGCAUUACACGCUGGCUGGCUUGCCGCUGUUCAAAGAUCAACACAUCGUUCUGAAUCUAAACCUUAUGAUGACUGACCGCAACGGCCAAUCUGUGGAUUUUCCUAGAGCCCAAAACACCUCUUUGCCUCUGCUUCCCGCAAUGGACGGUACUUCUCAGCUGAUGCUUCCCCGUGACCUCCUUUCCUCGUUGCUCCAGAUGCUCGUAUGGAAGGGAGCAUUCGACGCGGACCUCACUGGCCUGGCGUUGUCUCAGCUUGGGGGAGAAGACCUGCCCUUGGUGGUCAAGAUUCGAGUCCGUGGCCUUCCGGAGGUGUCUUUGCAAAAUGGGAAGGCCAUGAUCCAGCUGGGUGCUGACCUCCAAGUGCUCUCCCGUUCCAACUCUAGCCUCACCCCGCUCUUUACCGUAAACACGAAUAUCAGCCUGAGUGGAAGCUUCAGUGUUACACGAACCAAGCUGGUCAUCUCCCUGGCUUUAGAAAGCGUCUCGCUCCGUGUCGCCGACGUGGGCUCCUUUGAUGAAAACGCCCUUAAGAACUGGAUCACAAACAUCCUUCAGAUCGGAUACCUGCCUCUGAUUAACGUUGGCCUGAAUAUUGGAAUCCCGCUGCCGAAUAUUUUCAACCUGAACUUUGCCAACGGUGUGGUUAAAACCCUGGAUGAGACGCUGGUGAUCAAUAAGACCCUUAAAUAA